AUGAGCGACGCCGGCAACUUUGCGGACCCGUUAAUGUCCCCUACCGACACACCAGAGGGUGUUGGCUGUCUGAAAGAGGCCACAGUGGAGAAGGCCCACCGCCGGAGGCAGUGCUCUCCUCCCACGGGUGUUUUUCGCGAAUCGGCGAGCGGUGGCGGCCCGGGCCGCGCCGUGGUGGGGGCGGGCGCGCUGCUCUACCGGCGGCGGGCGCAGAGUAAGUGCGAGUUCGCCGACGGCCGGCGGCUCCCAGCAUUCCGCCACGGGGACAACAGUGCCGCGUCCGGCGACUGGAGGGUAGCGCCGGUGCCCAGCAGGCUGACCAACCGUCGCGUCGACCUGGGCGAUGUCAGCCCUGCAGACAUCGACCACUUCAGGGCCGCUCUGAAAGCCGACGUACAGGGCAUCCAGGUUGACUUCGACGACGGGCACUGUCCCACGUGGGGCAACCAGCUGGCCGGCCUCUUGGCUGUGUACCGCGCCGUGCACGGUACGCUGGAGGGCGCACCUCCCAUUACCGAGUGCCCCGUGCUGAUGCUGCGGCCCAGGGCUUGGAACAUGUCAGAGCGCAACCUGCUGGUAGAUGGCAAAGAGGUGCCGGGGGCUGUUUUCGAUUUCGCUCUCUUGAUGUUUCACUGCGGUCACAUCCUCGCUGCUAAUCAGAGUGGACCAUUCUUCUAUCUGUCAAAAGUUGAAGGCGCUUUCGAAGCGCGGCUCUGGAACGAAAUAUUUGUAUGGGCCCAGGAUGCUCUGCGAAUACCACGAGGUACCAUUAAAGCAUGUGUCUUAAUAGAAAAUAUUCUGUCGUCUUUUGAGAUGGAAGUAAUACUUUAUGAGUUGAGAGAGCAUUCUCUAGGGCUGAAUUGCGGAAUAUGGGACUACGCUGCUUCAAUUAUAGCGAAAUUCGGUGAUCGCAAGGAGUUCGUCCUGCCUGACCGUAACAAGUAUGUGAACAUGGAGAAACACUUCCUGGUGUCCUACAUGCGACUCGUGGUGCAGACCUGCCACAGAAGAGGCGCACACGCCACGGGAGGCAUGGCGGCGUUCGUAGUUGAAGGCGACGGCAGCAAAGAGAAGCUCAUAGUGGACAAAGUUUGUCAAGCGAAACUGCAGGAGAUUCAACAUGGUGUAGACGGCUUCAUGGUGUAUGAUUUGCGGUUGGUUCCCCACGUAAAUCAGCUGUGGGAGUGCGCCGCUGCCGACGUCAACCAAUUGUCGGUGAUUCACCCAGCGCUGGUGGUAUCUCGCGAGGACCUGCUGCAGAUGCCAGCCGGAGGGGUGACAGAAGAGGGCCUGCGCCACAACAUCGCCGUCGCCGUGCUCUUCGUCUUUCACUGGUUCAAAGGCAGAGGUCACUUCUUCUACAGGGGCUGCGUCGAGGACUCUGCCACCGCAGAAAUCUCUAGGUCGCAAGUCUGGCAGUGGAUACGACAUCAGGUCUGCAUGGAGAAGACGAACGUAAUGGUGACUAAGCAUCUAGUGAAGCAGCUGACAACGGAAUUCGUACAGCAGCACCCGUUCUGCAAGGCGGAUGUCACAAAGAUGCAAGCUGCUGCGGAAGUCUUUAUGGACAUUGUAACCAGACGAGAGUUCCCGGAUUUCAUUACUACUUACCUGAACCAAUGUCCUAUUUUCUGGCACUUUCAGAGAGUGUGAAUCUUCUGGCAAUACACUUCACAAGUGGCAGUUACGACAUAAAAGAGCAGAAACGUUGCAUUCUUAAUUACUCUCAUUCUCUAGAGAGCAUUUUAGAAUGUCAUUAAGCCCUAGCGAGGCUAUGGAAAAGCGACAGGGUAAACCUGCUGUGGGUCUCUGGUCACUUAGGAAUUAGUGGCAAUGAACAAGCUGAUAAUAUUCUCGAGGGCUUCGGUAAAUGGCUACUAACAUUCUGGGGUCGGAAUUUUUCAUGUCUAACGCGUACUAUACAGAGGUGGAUCAUAGUAACACUGUAAAACAGAUCACAGAGUGAGAUGAUUGGGAAUUUAACAUAUUGAACUUACAAUCGAGAGAAACGAGAUACAGAUUCCUGCCCGACCAUAACUCGUUUUUCCAGAGCGCCUACAAACCGGUUAAUGCGAAAGCCAAUGUGUUUCCUUUGAAACGCGGCAAAUUUCCUUCUCAGUUUGUACCUAACCCAAGAUUAUGCUCUGUAUCUGAUGAACUCGUCGCUUUCCUUCCUUUGUCAUUUUCAGAAAUUUUCAAAGGGAGUGGUCUCCAAUCCAGAUGCCAAAGUUGUCUAUGCUCUGGAACUUCAAUUGAAAUAUUAGAACGCGCCUGCCUAACAGAUUCAAAGGUGUGGUCUCCAAUUCCUUAUCAACCUCCAUGGAAACUCUUCCAGGUAGCUAUAGGUACUGCACCUCUUGAGAAAAGGAUGUAAAGGAUAGUGGGUGCAACAAAGCCUGAGGUUGGAUUCUGAAAGGAAUCUUACACUUGGUGGCGAACUGUAUCCUGAUGGGUACCAUAGCAGCUGGUUAUUAAAGUUCUGUAG